AUGGGUAAUUGUGUUCAUCACGAUGAAUUUAUAUAUGAUAAUUCAGUACCUGGUCUUUCCAUUCAUACUCCAAGUGAAGUAGCAUUAAUGUUAAACAAACUCGAAUGUGAUGCCACCAACUAUCCAGAAAGACGCGAAGAAUUUGAGCGCCACAAGAAUAAAUUCAAAUGGAUAUGCUGUGACACGACAGUAACAGCAGGUUCUGGAGUAGGAGGAUGUAAAAAAAAGGAAAACAUGGUUUCAAUGAGAAUACCUCAAAUGGGCAACAUCGAGAUAGGCGCCAUCUUGAUCAAACAAUGA